CUUAAUUUACCUAUAUAUAUUUACUGCAAAUUUUCUCCACCAACACAAUCUUGCCAUCACAUUAUACAAGGAUUAAUGUUGUUGUUGUAUCAGUGUGUUGUACACUGAUUAAUUGCGCCUAAUUGCUACUUUUAAGUCAUGGCGAAACAUUUAAAGGCGGUCUCAUUUUGAUCGGCGUUUUGCCAACACACACAAAGAAAUUUGUGUGCGUGUGUGCCUACGUGUGCGUGCAUGAGCAGAGAAUAUGCGAGAAAGAAGACGAAAACAAAGAGAGUACAAACAAAAAUCUGUCAUCUUAAUACCAUCAAACCUGGCCUGCUGUUAACCGCCUUGGGCUCUCGUCGACUGAUUUUAUAAAGGGAAAACAGAUGAUCGAGCUUUUAAACCCGAAUUUAAAGAGCAGUGUAAACGGGGUUUGACACCGGCUCGGCUAUGUUCUCUAAUUCCAAUUUUUUAAUUAUUCUGCAACUGUAAAUGACCCACAAAAUCGAAUAAAUUAUCCAAGCUAAUUAUCGAUAAAUCUUUUUAUUUUGAAUGUGUGAGAGAUAUCGAUAAACAGCUGUUCUCUUAAGUCCAAGUGACCAAUCAUUAAAAAAAGACAAGAUAUUAAACAAAUACUAGAAAGCGAAACAUUAUUGUGAAAUGGUUGAUCCGAAUCGUAAAAUCAAUCGUUUAACCGAUAGAGAUAUUGAAUUCUUGGAAGAAUGCGAACGUGAGUUUAGCAUGCGUUACACUAAUGAGGAUGCUGAGUUUAUGGAGCAUUGCUCUAAGCCUUUGCCUGAUCCCCCUAUUGUGGACAAUUGGACAUUUGUAAGUGGUGGUGGUGGGUCUGGAUUCCGAGAUGGUGGAAGCGGCGAAAGUAGGGCUCGCAAUCACCAUAGAAGUUGGCGGCGUGGUCAUGGUGAAGGUGGUGGCGGUGGCACAGGCCCUCAUCGCAAUUUUAGGCAUAGAAGAGGAGGAGGACGUUUUCAAAAUGGCUAUGACAAUAGAGACAGAGGUUCACAUAGUGGUCAUCGUGGUAGUCAACAGCAGCACGCUUAUCAUGCACCUAUGAACGUAAGGCGUGAUUAUGGAAAUUUUGUUGCCGCCUCAAAGGAUUAGCUCACAAUUUUUUGUAAUAGCUGAAAAUAGUGUUUUAAUAAAGUUUUAUAUGUAUACACCUA